CUCACCGUUAAAUGAUCAGCAAUUGCUUAUAGAAGUACUUCACCAAUGGAGUGAGUCAGACAAAAGAGACUCUAGUUCUAACUUGGUAUACCUCUUUCCAUCCUAGUCCUAAACCCCAUUUCUAUUUCAUCAUGGCCGGAAAAUCCGAAUCCUUCCAAGAACUCGAUGAUUCGGCGAAUAAGCGUAAGCCCGAAAUCGAAGUUUCCGAUUCAUCUACAAUCAAGAAACCGAAACCAAACAACAUAGAAAAUGGAUGUGAACAUGAACCAAAUUCAAGUUCUGCUAAGGAUGUUAACUCUUCGAUUAAUUCUUUUACUAUCGAAGCUGCUGCCGCCGAAGACAAGGGAUCCAGGCACACCAUGGAGGAUGCCUGUGUUGUACUUCCUCAUGCCGAUUCAAAUAAUUCCGCUAAUUUAAGAUUUGCACACUUUUCUGUAUAUGAUGGGCAUGGAGGUCGGCUAGCAGCUGAAUAUGCACAGAAGCAUUUACAUUCUAAUGUUGUUUCAGCGGGAUUACCACGUGAGUUGUUGGAUGUUAAGGCUGCCAAAAAGGCGAUUCUUGAUGGUUUUCGCAAAACUGAUGAAGCUCUUCUACUCGAAAGUGCAGCUGGAGGAUGGCAGGAUGGUGCUACAGCUGUAUGCAUAUGGGUACUAGGACGAACCGUUUUUGUCGCCAAUAUAGGAGAUGCAAAGGCAGUGGUGGCGAGAUCUAGUAAGAUUAAUGAGCUGAAUGACUCUAGUGGGUGCAGUCCAUUAAAGGCCAUUGUUCUAACCAGAGAACACAAAGCUAUCUAUCCACAGGAACGAGCUCGAAUUCAAAAGGCUGGUGGCGCAGUGAGCACAAAUGGACGCUUGCAGGGUCGUCUCGAAGUUUCAAGAGCUUUUGGAGACCGACAAUUCAAAAAGGUGGGUGUUAUUGCAACACCAGACAUUCAAUCAUUUGAUAUCACACACAACGAGCACUUCAUUAUUCUUGGCUGUGAUGGCCUGUGGGGGGUGUUCGGACCUAAUGAUGCUGUUGAAUUUGUGCACAAGAUGUUACAAGAUGGUGUACCAGUUGCUGCUGCGUGCCGCCGACUUGUUAAAGAAGCUGUUUUAGAGAGAGGCUGCAAAGAUAACUGCAGUGCAAUAAUCAUCGUUUUCAGACGCUAAUAGGCCCAUUCUAAUGGCUUUUUAUGGAAUGUAAAAGGGUCUUCUUUUGUACUUUUCAUACAAUACUUUUAGCUGUGAGGCUUGCCUAUAUGCAGUUUGUGUAUGUACUUGUUUUCCCCUUUUUUUGUGCAUUUGUGCCCUAUGUAUCAUCACUCGAAACUAGUAGUGUAGCCGUAGGAUGCCAUUAUCCUGAACUAUGUAAUCCGUUCUGAAUCAUUGUGGUGUGCUGCGUACAUCUAAAAUAGAUUAGAAAUUGUGAAGAUUUUGCGACAA